AUAUAGUUAGGCAUUCCGGAAGUGAAAUUUUUUCGAAAUAUUUUUAUCCGCAUAAUUAGAACACAGUUCGUGGCACAAAGUUGUAGAGGACUUAAAGUGUUGUUGAAGGACCUCAAAACGCUUUCUGGGGUUAUCAAAGGUGCUGAUUAACGAGGCACUAAUGUCCGAUGUCUAAGGUCUGUACCUGUGGCACAAGACUGUAUAUAGACGACUCAAGUGUUGUUUAAAUUAUCAAGGGUGCUGAUCAACAAGGCACCAAUGUCUGAUUUCAAGGAUCUGUACCCCACCCUGACGUCUGUGGGGCUAACGUCUGAGCGUCUCUUGGCAGUAGCAGAUGAUUCUGACCAAGGAUCAGAUAUUGAAGCUCUCAAUGUGCCUGCAUCACAUAUAACAAACCAGUUUGUUUUGGAGCUGUAUAACUUCAUGAACAGAAAUUCGCCCUGCACUUUCUACGUGCUGUGGUGUUGGAUGUCAUCCUUGUUUUCAGCCAAACGCGAGCAAGAAGAAUUUCCUACCAUCAAAUCGAUUCGGCAAAGUGUGCUUCGCUUGUCUGCAAAGUUUAUGAACCUAAAGAAAAUGCCAUCCUCCAGUGACAAGGUCACCAUGAUUGCUGAGUUUAAGGCUCACUUAUACUCCUUACCUCGGGUCUUUGUUUCACAAGGCAAAGUUGUUGUUUCCACUGAUACUGGUGGUGAGGGCAGUAGUUGCUCAUCAUGUGCAGAAAUGAAGAAUGUUGUAAAACAAUCAAGACAGAAAAUGUACGCUGCUCGAAGGAAUGGACAAAAGCGAACUAAAAGGAGAGAUGAUACUAUUAAGGAUCAGGCCCAAGAACUCAAGAAAGACAAGAAAGCUAUAGACAUGCUCCAGAAACAGGCCACUAAGAGUGCCAAACAAGUGACUUCACUCAAGGCAAAGGUUGAUCGACUGAGACACCGGGCUUCCUAUUGGAAAUCAAAGUUCUCAGAAAUCAGUGGAGGUGAAAACUGUGAGGAACUGGAUGAACUAGAACGAGAGUACGGACAGAAACAGAAUCUACUUGUAGAAGAAGUCAGGAAGCUUGAAUAUGACAAUGCUGAACUAAAGGACAAAGUUGAUGAAGUGAUGUCAGACAAUAUUGUCACAUUCGAAGGGGGGAAAUACACCAAUGAUGUCCGUGCUUGUUGUUAUGAAUUGCUUUCGCUUAAUGUUGAUGUCAACAAUGUCCGGUCAGUGAUUGAGAGUGUACUGACAAAUCUAGUGCACAAGAAAGCUGACCGUCUACCCAAAAGAACUGCAGUCUGCCAGAUGAUGCUCGAGUGCUUGACAGUCGCUCAAGCACAACUAGGUGAACAACUGGGCUCUGAAGAUGGUGAGCACUACACACUACAAACUGAUGGUACGACCAAGCAUGGCCACCAUUUUUCCACAUUUGAUCUGGCCACUUCAGAAGAAACAUACACUCUAGGGCUGCGACACGUGUUUUCAGGGUCAGCACAGACAACAUUGGAUACUUUCCGAGAGAUUCUUGAUGACUUAGAUGUUGUGAGACAGGAAAUUGGGCAGUCGAGCGUGUCAUCAAAGAUAGUAUAUAAGUUGAAGAACACCAUGUCUGAUCGACAUGCUGCCGAAAAGCUCUUCUCUACUCUGUUAUCUGAUUACCGAGCUAGUAUCCUACCUGACAUUGUGGACAAUUGGGACGAUAUGACUAGUGGGGAACAAGAACAACUUACCCGGAUGAAUAACUUUUUUUGUGGGUUACAUUUUCUGAUCGCCUUAGCAGACUCAGCAGAAGAGACACUAAAGGUAUGGGAGGCUGCAAACAGUGAGGAAGAAAGCACCCCAAAUUCGAGGAGCUCAGGAACACAAAGGCUCAUACGGACAGCAUGCAAAGCAUUCCACCACCGCGGGUCUGAACAGUCUGGUUGCUCCACUCAUUUCAGAACCUUCUUACGACAGAAUGGAAUAGCAAGGCUACCACUAGCUUCCUUUAUUGGCAAUAGGUUUAACAUUCUAUUCUAUGAUGCUGCAGGAGUGUUCUUCUUGAAGUCACACAUGACAGAAUAUUUGUUGAAAUACCAUGGGGCAAAUCUCAACCUACUCCUGCAAGCUGUUCUGAAAGACCUCAAGUCACCACUUCAUAUCGCAGGGUGCAAAGCUUUGGGAAUAAUUGACAAGUUGGUUAGUGGUCCUUUUUGGCGCUACUUGCAGACCUCUACAUUGUCAAUCCUGAAAAUGGGUGAAGUCUAUACCAAGAUGAGAGACAGGAUGCAAAAGUGGAGUGACGACGCUCAGUGUGUUUUAGACAACGAAGCCAUUUUGUUCCCAGAGACCACAUCGUUUCAGGACGAAGUGAUGGAUGCAUUGUACGCUGAGACAGAGAAUGAUGCACUAGUUCAGGAGUUGCUUCAAUUGUUAUUUAAGAGCUUUGCCCUAACAAUGGAACGACUAAUGCCUGACCACUUACCUGGAGGUGAAUUCCAUGCUGUAUCAGAUCCUGUCAUUGUGGCACAGACAUCAUCAGUACCUUUGAGUAAUGUAAUGCCAGAGCGGGAUUUUGCCCUUCUCGACAGGUUCAUGGGUCAAAAACCAAACGCUACUUACAUUGCACUGGAGUCUAUGAUCUUAUUCUCCCAGAACAAGACAUCUGCUUGGCUCAGACAGAAGAGUGAGGAAGAAAAAGAGAGACUUCUGAAUGCUGCUCGUAAACUCUCCAAAGUCCACAAACAAAAUUUUCGGAAACGGACUGACGAAAUCAAAGCAAAAAGGUUGGAAUUGCUUCUGCAAAGAGAACGUGAGCUGUCAAAGAAACAUGAGAAGGAGCUAAAGGACAAGGAAGAGCUAACUCUAAAGAUACAAACUUAUGGCCUUUGGACCAGCAGUAGUGAGGUACAGCUACAGUUGAGUAAGAUGAAGACAAAGAAAUCAAAAUUAGAAGGUGUGAAAGCCCAGAUCAACUUUCGCCGGAAAGUGCUCAGUCAGCAAAAUGAAAAGCACCUGUUCCAAUUUUCUCAUGAUCGUCGGCCCUUGACAGUUCAAGAACUGUGUAGCAACCUGUCUAAGUUGCUUCUUCCCGUACCAACACAUGCACAGUCAAGAGUACCUGAACACAGUGAUCUUGUGAGAGACCCCGAACUACUUUUGUAUAGGCGAGUCAAACAUCUGUUCACCGUUGAUGGCACUGAUGUUUGGUACAGUGGAACUGUGAUUUCCUAUGAUGCUGUGUCUAAGCAAUUUAAAGUAGCAUACGACAAUGAAGAAGAAACAUUCUCUUUUCCUCUGCUAGAUGAUUUACUUUGUGGUGACUUAAAGAUUUUAUAAUGCAUAGUCAUGUCUAUUGUCAUUUUUUAUUCUGUUUCUUUUGUCAUUUUUAUAAUCUAUAUUUCUGUGUCUUUUGUCAUUCUUAUGAUAUAAUCUGAUUCUCCUGUCUUUAUUCUCUA